AGGUUACAUUACUCCACUUUGAAUGCAGAGGUCAAAAUGACGCAUACUUGUCGUUCCUUGAUAAAGGAUUAUUGCGCCCAUUGCUCUUUCGCUGGCAUACAUUACAUUGCUGAUGACACCAAACAUUGGUUGGAAAGAGUGGUGUGGGCAAUCCUAGUGUUCCUGGCGUGGUAUGGCGUGUCGCUGCUGAUCAUCGCCGCCUGGGACUCCUUCCAGGAGAACCCCAUCAGUUUCGGCGUGGAGACCACGUACCUUGACUGGGAGACCAAGCUCCCUGCGGUGGCUGUGUGCGAGCUAGCCAAUAUCGAUAAAGUCUACGAAGUCGCUGACACAAUCUGGCCACCAGAUCACUUGCUGGAAUUAGAAGACGCCCUCAAAGAGAUCGCCUAUUUCCGAGGUGUCAGCUACACCUUGGUGGAAACGUGCCAUACCGCCAAGAACCCAAACGUUUUGUGUCCCAAGUCAAACUAUAGUUAUUACGCCAACUUGGUCCGCAGCGACUGUCCGAAGAUAAUGAGGAACUGCUCUUACAAUGGAAACAAGUUUGACUGCUGUGAAUAUUUUCAGGCCAUAGACACUGAUCUUGGACAAUGCUUUAUACUCAACUCUAUCCAAACCAAGGAUCCGAAGCCGUAUGAAAUGGUUUGUAAUAGAACACAUAAAAGUGGAAUUAUCAAGUUUGAAAUAUUACUCACAGCGAUGGUUUACACUAUAAGCGAAGAUGAAGUGCCGACAAUUACAACAUUGCAAUCAUCUACUUUGAAAAUACAAAUGAAGCAUACGUACAGUCGAAGAAUAACAGUCCGCAACAUCGAAAACGACCGUCUAGUGACGUCAGAGACGUCCAUAGAGCAGCGAGCGUGCCGCACCAAUGACGAGAAUGAUGAUGGCCUGUACCCUCACUACUCUUACAGCGCGUGCACAAUCAGGUGUCGCAAGCUGGAGCAGAUGAAGGCCUGCGGAUGUAAUGACCAUUUUAUGAUCAGCACUACAGAAGACCAGCUGUGCAACCUAACAGGGAUGGCGUGUCUGCACUCGCACGCAACUCAGCUCACCACCCUGAAGCCCAAGUGGGCCACGCGCCCCGGCUUAGCCUGCAACUGCCUGCCGUCGUGUCGGGAAACCGAAAUUACUGUCAUCAACGAUAUUGUUCGAACGAAUCGUACUCUGAAGAAAAGAGCGGAAGUGGAAAUUGUACUGGAGUAUUUACCCACGGAACGAUUCAAACGUAGAGUUGUAAGAAGUCACUUGGAUUUAGUGGUGUCCGUGGGAGGAACGACGGGUCUCUUUGUCGGUGCCAGCAUACUCAGCUUCGUCGAACUGUUAUUUUAUUUCACAGUUCGUUUUGUUAACAAUAUCUUGAUGUACCGCAGAGGUUUUGAAAAGAAGAAGAAUGUAAAAAUUAUAGUCAAGCGUAAACGUGUCAAUGCCAGCGCAGUUAAACUUAAAGUCAUAAAAGAUCCUCAAAUUCAAGGUCCAUAUGCAAGUAGCGGCGUGUUUCAUACAAAACUGGUUGCUUGUGAUAACGUUAAGAAUCGUGGAUACUUGCUCCAAUAAUUUUGUUUAUUUGUAACAAGAAGAAUAUUAAAAUUUUCAAAACUCUUAAUUUUUAGCUGUCCCCACAGACUUUUCUUUAUAUCGAACAUUAGUUAAGUACUUACACUAUGAGGUAUCUAAGCCUAAAAAAAAUUGAAUACAUAAUGUAGACCCUCUUUAUAGCCACCAUUACUAUAUAAAUGAAGGUCUACAAAUUUUAAUACAUUGAAAAAGUUAUGAAAGAAAAGGGAAAUUAUCUGACCGUGUAACCUCAUUAGGACUGGUACAUCAUUUUCAUGACAUAAUUCGAUUACCGUGGGUCGUUUACAUCACGAGUAGGAACAAGACACAA